AUGGCUAUCAACAUCAAUCGAGAGGUUGAAGAUACCUUUUACAGGUAUAAAAUGCCGAAACUUACUGCCAAGGUAGAGGGUAAAGGGAAUGGUAUUAAAACAGUCAUCGUAAAUGUGUCAGAUAUCGCCAAAGCAUUGUACCGAAAACCCAUUUAUCUCACUAAGUUCUUUGGGUGCGAGCUAGGAGCUCAAAUCCAUGUAGACGAGAAGAAUGAACGCUACAUCGUUAAUGGUGCUCAUCAAGCAGAUAAAUUGCAGGAACUAUUAGAUGGCUUCAUUAAGAAGUUUGUGUUGUGCCAAAGCUGCGGGAAUCCGGAGACUACCAUGCACGUCAACAAACGAGGAGGUACAGUUGCUACAACAUGUAAAGCAUGUGGAAGUCAGGGACAACUGGACGUUACUCACAGGCUGACCCAGUAUAUUGUCAAAAACCCUCCAGAACCAGAAGCUACUCCGGCGAAAUCGAAGCAAAAGAAAGGAAAGAAAACGAAAGGUGAUAAUGAAGAUGACGAUAAUGAUGCAAACCCUAAUGGAGACGAAAAUAGUCGCAACAGUCCUGUUAAUGCUGAUGAAGAUGAUGAGGAUGACGACUGGUUAGAAGACACUACUGAGGAGGCGCGACGCCAGAGGAUCAACACUUUAUCGGCUAUGGCAAAGUCUCUUGCUCUGUGCGACGACGUAGAGCGCUCUGAAACCGAAAGAGCGGAUAUUUUUUACAAACACUUGUCACAGAUGCAUAAAUGUGAUAAAGUCUUGGCAAAUCGUAAGGAAGUGAAACUGGAAGCGGACCGCCUAAGUCUUGGCCCACGUGCUGUGUUGGUUAUCGCAGAGGUGUUGUUUAAUAAUCCCUCUACUAUACUGACUGAUAUAAAGAAAUACUCCCCAUUAUUACUCUUGUUUACUCGAUCGGGUGAAGAUCAGAAACGAGCCCAAAUAUAUACAUGGGGUGCCAUGGCGAAGCUUAUUGAGAGACAUUCAGAUCAAAAUCUAGUAGAUAAGGCAUGUCAUCUUCUUAAAACGUUGUACGACUGCGACGUUAUUGAGGAAGACGUUAUUUUGGGUUGGUACGACAAAGGACCUUCAAAAAAAUUCGUAUCUCGCGAGCUGAGUGCGAAAAUACUGGCUCGUUGCUCUCCUAUGGUGACAUGGUUGCGACAAGCUGAAGAGGAAGAGUCAGAAAGUUCUGAGGAGGAGUCUGAAACAAAUGGCCAUACAAUCACUCAACCUAUUAAUGGGUCAAACAACGCCAGUGUUCCUGCUACUAAUGUAACGGAUGAUGAAGAUGACGAUGUGGACAUAGAUGCUAUAUAA